CGUCGUAGGGGCAGUAGAUCGAGCGCCGCGACGCCACGACGCGCACAGUCGCGGCUCGAACGCCGUUGCCUGCGAACGUGUGUCGCGCUCGUCCUCGGCGGCGCGAAUGACAUCUCGAUUCUGCUCUCUCUCUCGCCGAUCUCCAUAAGGAACGCACGGGAGGAGAGAGACAGACGGCGAUGUGAAGGUGAUCGUGUGACUCCUGGACUCGACUCGAGAACUCUCCUAUUUAAGAAAUCGACUUCGAUUUUCGGGGGACGCACAUGUUCGCACUCUGACGAUUGGUGCCGAUUCGCGAAACGCGACUUGACUUUACGACCGGUGAUUGAUUUGAUUUUGUGAUCGAUGAGAAACUCUGAUGAGAAGUGUUGAGAACGGUGUGCGUGACAUUCUAAACGAACGGACGGACGGACAGACGAAUCCGGACGCGACGAUCAGUGAUCGGAAAACGGGACGAGACUGUAGAUCGCUCUAUUUACUUUGGGCGAUACUUAUUGUAAUGAGUUGCGUGGCACGUGUGUGAUUUUCCGCACUCUAGUCAGAACGCGCAGUUUAAUCGUAUCUAACGUUUCACGCUAUACCAAAUAGAAGUUAGAGCAGUUCGUAGACGCAUAAGUUGUUUCGAUAUAAGAGAAAUGAUCAUCCACAUGUUAAUCAUUAGUAUUCAGUAGUUAAAAAUUAAGAAACUGUUAUAUAAAUAAGCGGGCAUCUCACGCGUCUCUACAUAUCUGUGAUUUCAAUCGUGAAGAAAUUUUAUGUCGCGCGAUCAUCGAUAAUUAAAGACACCGGUGCUCUCGUAGUGACGUAAAACUAUUUAAAAGGACAAGGAUAAUCGACAGUUAAUUUAGAUGCUUUUGCACGCUUUUCAAUCGCUUUUGACUACUCGAUUAAUAAAUAUCGAAGACAGAAUUGACACUAAGAGAAUUUGUGAGAACUCGGGAACAAUCCGCGAUAUGUCACGAAUGGCGACGACUUGCGAGGUUCAAGAGAAUUACUGAGGGCCCCAGAAGGGAAUGGAUUUUCAGAGCGCAAUGGACACUUUCGUAGAGGCAUGGAUGGCUGCUAACACGAAGACGGAUCAAGUACAGAGCCAAGCAUUGGCAUUGACACAUAAGGCCUCGCCGCCAUCGAGACCGAGCAGCGUAUCCUCGUUACCGAGGAGCCCUCAGUCUCAUCAAUCCCAGCAGUCUCAGCCGCAGAAUACACCUCAACCACCAUCGGUGCACCCGCUGCAGUCGCAGACACCUCUCAGUGCACCCCAGACACCGUUCUCCGCGCACAACCAGCACCCGAAGCAAGAAAUCAGCGCCAGUCCCAAGCAGGAGGGUUUCGAUCUCAGCAAAUCCGCCUCCAGCACAGCGAAAAAUCUGCCGGUGCAUUGUGUGGUGGAGACGAUUCACAAUAUCGUGGAAAGUCAUGUGAGCAACAGCCGCGAAAAAUGGCGGAGUCCUCAAGUGGAAACAGACUCUUACGUUAUCAUUCCGGUAGCCAUGCCCUUUCAGGAUUUGGUGGGCGAGGCUCUCGUUCGUUUAGGAUAUUCCAGCGAUCUGAUACCGAGCGCUAGAGGCAGCAUCGUUAUACGAAACUGGAAACCCUUACCGAUGGAAAAAGUCGCCGAUGGCCCGUUACUGACAGUAGGGGACAUUUUGGCCGAAUUGACAUCAGUGGCAACCCUGAAGAUUCAGGUGUACAGAUCGAGACCACCACCUCCCAGCCCGGCUGCGGAAGUUCGAAAUAAAUUGCUGAGGUUGCUACUGUUGCACAGCCAUACGCUUCUUGUCUCUGCCGGAUGUCCCUUGGACGAGAUGACUCUGCUGUCCCUCUGCAGAGGCGGCAACGACCUGUCGGAGGAGACAAAGAGGAAUUUCGAAACGUGGCUGCAGCAGCAACAGAUAGGUCUCGGCAUAAAUCCGCUGGCGCCGUCUUCUAACCAUCACCAUCAUCAUCAUCAUCACACGCAGAGUCCCCAACCCGACAGCGGGACCACGAUAGCGCCCGGUGGCGGCGGCGGCUCGAUCGGACCGCCGCAUCCGGCUCUGCUCCAGUAUUCGCACAAGACCAGGAUGAGGACCAGCUUCGACUCGGAGCUCGAACUGCCGCGUCUCCAACGUUGGUUCGCCGAGAAUCAGCAUCCCUCGCGCGAACAGAUACAGCACUACGUCGCGGAACUGAACUCUCUGGAGUCGCGACGAGGCAGGAAACCGCUGGACGCGAACAACGUCGUCUACUGGUUCAAAAACGCACGCGCGGCGCAAAAGAGAGCCAGCAUGAACGGCUGCAGCCCACCUGGACUCAGUCCCAGAGGCGCUAGCCUCGUCAGCGAGGAUUGCACGGACGAGGAGGAGGACACCAGGCAGCAGUCGACGUCCGGAUCACCUUGUCCACCGAGCAGCCCACCUGUCGGUCCUCUGUCGUUGACGACGAGACCCGAGGAUCAGCAACAGCCACCGACGUCGACCCCCUCCUCGGUGAAGCAGGAGGACGCGAGGGUAUCGUCCGGUUCCGAGGACGACGAGACGAGGCACACAGGCCCGAUCCCGCCGGGAUUCUCCCUGGUGCCGAGCCCCAUGUUCGGCCACGGUAUUAUGUACAUGUCGCAUUAUCUGCCGCCGCGCGGGCCAGCCGGCUGUCCCACUAGCAUGUUGGCCGACGAGAGGAGGAAGAGAAACCGGACGUUCAUCGAUCCUGUGACGGAAGUGCCGAGGCUCGAGUAUUGGUUCAAGCGCAGCACACACCCGAGCCAUGCGCUCAUUCUGUCGUACACGGAGGAGCUGAACAAGAUGCCGUAUCGCCAGAAGUUUCCGCGUCUGGAGCCGAAGAACGUGCAAUUCUGGUUCAAGAACCGUAGGGCCAAGAACAAGCGGCUGAAGAUGGCUCUCUUCGAGGGCGAGUCGCCGCAACAGCAUCCAUAUCACGCAGAUUAGUUAAUUUCCUUAAAAUAAUUAGAGGGACAGAAGCGCGUAAAGCAAACAACGGACGCGCUGAAAUAACGCGCCGAAAUCGUUAAUCGACCUGUUACUCCUUACUAUCGUUGACAAGCUGCGUCCUUAACGCUUACCGGCCGCAGCUCAUUCAUUGUAAUUAUCACGUAACAAUUAAUAUAAUUAUUAUGAACUUUCAUGAAUGUAAAUACGAGAUGAUGUCGAAUAAAAAAUAUACGUCAACGGAAAAUAUAUAUAACUGAA